AUGUGUGUAAAAUAUACUGAAGUCAAAAUGAGCAAUUUUACUUCGGUGUCUACAUUUCUGCUGUGGAAAUUCUCAGAAGUACGAGAACUACAGAUCUUACACUUCUUUCUAUUUCUAGCAUUGUACAUGACAACCAUCACUGGGAAUCUUCUCAUGAUUGCUGCAGUAGCCUUUGACCAUCACCUUCAUACUCCAAUGUACUUUUUCCUAACGAACUUGGCCAUGAUGGACAUAGGCAUUGUUUCUGUCAUCAUACCCAAAUCUAUGACCAAUUCCUUUACGAAUAGCUCAUCCAUUUCUUAUUCUGGGUGUGUAGCUCAAGUUUUCUUUUAUUUAUUCUUUGUCGCAUCAGAUCUUUCACUUCUUACUGUAAUGGCACAUGAUCGCUAUGUUGCCAUCUGCAACCCAUUACAAUAUGAGACAAUUAUGCACAGAGGAGCCUGUAUUCAAAUGGCCACCAUUGGAUGGAUUUUGAGUCUUCUUUAUGCCAUAAUACAUACUUCUGGCACCUUUGCAAACACUUUCUGUUCUAAUGCUGUCGAUCAGUUCUUCUGUGAAAUCCCAAAGUUACUGAAGCUCUCCUGCUCUGACUUUUAUUUAGUUGAAGUUGGUCUACUUCUGCUAGCCUGCAAUAUAGGACUAGGAUGCUUCAUUUUCAUCAUCAUAACAUACAUGAAGAUCUUUUCUACAGUUUUCAGAAUUCCUUCUGCUCAUGGAAAGAAAAAAGCUUUCUCCACUUGCCUUCCCCACCUCACUGUUGUCUCUGUGUUCAUUUUCAGUGCACUUUUUGCCUAUGCAAGGCCUCCCACUGAUGCUUCUUCUGAUCUGGAUAUUAUUUUUUCUGCAAUAUAUACCAUAAUUCCUCCCUUGUUGAAUCCAUUCAUCUACAGCAUGAGAAACAAAGAGAUCAAGACUGCUUUGUGGAAACUCUUAGAAUAUGGGCAUUCCUUUAUAAUAUAUUUAAAAUUCUAUAAAAAUUGGAUUCUAUGCUCUUCUACCUGUGAAUGA